CCUGACCACAUAAGGUACCUGAGAUAUAGAAGCUACAGGUAUGCACAUACAGGAUUCGAUGUUAGGUGCAUUUAGGUAGAUAUCAUUCAUCGUCGCUCUAUUAUCGUCUAUGCCCGCGUCGGGUUUUCCUCCCACCCGCCGAAUCUUCGAGGUAGUGCUAACCAACUUCCUCAUUUUCGAUUCUAUCCAUAGGCGUGUGAGCCGGUAUAAAAAAAUACAAAAGAGGAGAAAGAGAAAGAACAAGAGGGAGAGAGACAGCGACAAAAGCGUUUCGAGUCAUCAGGCGAUCCCUCGAUCAUCGUCCGCUUGCUUGGUUUCUUGAAAGUCGAGUCGCGUCACGCGUCGCCAAUUCGCGACAGCAGCCGACAGCCAAAUUCUCGACGCUGGCUGCGCUUACUACUCGGUAGUGGAGCUGCCACCAUGUCCACCACGCCGCGGUCGCUGUCGCCUUUGAAGCAUGGCGUGGCGGCCGACCAGUCGAUGAUGGUAGAGCUCCCCACUCAUCUCGGCGACCAGGAUGAAUUCGAUAAUUCCAUCGAAGAGGAGACUGUCAGACUGAACCCGCAACAACUACAACCACAUUCCACCCCCCCCCACCAAGGUGCCAGGCACGACCAGAGCCAGGAAGUGACGGUGGUUAGAAACCCCGAGCGCCAACGCCAGACGCGGACGCCUGAGCCGCAGAAGCGACGGAGUAACCGGUCUGACGUCCAGAGCCCGGGUCACCUCGCCACUUUCGACUGGGAUGACUUUCAGUAUCGCUACGAGAAAGCCUUGCAAGAGGCUGACGAGGUAGAGAAACAGCUCCUCGAGGAGUUCGAGCAUCUUAUUAAGUACUUCAACGCCUGGGCUUCGGCUUCGGCUACCCACGAUAACGAGAGAGCCGUAAAGAGACUGCAGACUCGCGAGAGACACGUGCGUCUCUCUGAGCAGACUCUCCUGCAAAAGAAGCAGCAUCUAUCUGAGGUGGUCAAGGCCUUCCAGAGCGCUCUGGCACUGCUAAGCGCAACCUAAUUAGGCAUCCUCAUUAUUCUACCUCUGGGAAGAAAUCGACGGAGGCAUCGACGUAGAUGACCACACACACACACACACACGCACACACACACACACACCAGGAUUCAUCAUCGGCAACUCUGGAGGAAUUAUCGCGUUGAUUGUACCAGCCCAUCAUCGGAGUUCAUAUGUUGUCUGGUUGAGACGUUGGUUGAGGCGGGUUAGGCGAGAGAUGAAAUUGGCCAUGACAGGGUGCCUUUUAAUGGUGUUGACGGGUUAACUUAUAUACUCUACGCUAUCACGAUAUCACGAUGUAACGAACGCCGUAUAUUUAUAUUUAUAUACCUGUUAAUUGUCGUCAGUUGGGUACCUACCGUUACUCUGUAUAUUACACGAGGUUAGGUACCUGGACUUACAAAGGUUCGUCGGGAAUAUCAAAUUACCUCUUAGAUUGCUU